CUCUCUUCCUCCUCCUCCUCCUCCAGCCGAACAAGAAGACUCCUCUCCGUCUCCUUCAGACAAAACUUGUAAGCAAAAUCAGAGAGAUGGGUUUCUUCUCCUUUCUCGGAAGAGUUCUCUUCGCUUCUCUCUUCAUCCUCUCCGCUUGGCAAAUGUUCAAUGACUUCGGAGUUGAUGGUGGUCCUGCAGCUAAAGAAUUGGCUCCAAAGCUUGAUUUGGCUAAGGCACAUCUAUCUUCCAGAUUAGGAGUAGCUUUGCCCAAGAUAGAGGUGAGACAAGUUGUUACUACAAUUAUUGCGUUGAAAGGAGCUGGAGGCUUACUCUUUGUUAUCGGAAACAUCUUCGGUGCUUAUCUUCUGGCUUUCUACUUGGUUGUAGUCAGUCCCAUUCUGUAUGAUUUCUAUAACUACGGACCUGAGGAACGUCAUUUCUCUCUUCUGUUGACAGAGUUCUUGCAGAGCGUUGCACUCUUUGGAGCUUUGCUCUUCUUUAUUGGAAUGAAGAACUCGGCACCAUCCAAGAGGCUUGUGAAGAAGAGGACACCUAAGCCAAAAGCUGCUUAGUAUCAAUAUUAGUUAUCUUCUGGUUUUGUUGCCAUGAGCAAUAUACCUUUGGCUUUUCCUUUUUCCCGGACAAAAUCUUUUCUUAGAACAUUUUGUUUUCUUUCUCUUUUAGGAUUCUUAGGUUAGCCCACAGUCAUGAUAUACUUCAUGUUUUUACUUUGAUUUAAUGUUUGGGAAUCUUGAAGUUUUGAUUUCUUGAACCAUGCAUCUAUUGAACAAUGAUUUCGCUA